AUGGACAUGCAAAUAUCUUCAGAUUUGAGAAGAUUAUUUAGAUAGCAUUAGCUUCCUAACGAUAAAGAAAUGGAAAUAGCUACCUUUAAAAUUUUCUUUUAUCCUCACAAGUUCUUAGCAAAAAAGAAAAAAGAAAGAUGUCUCAUGAUAACUGAAAGCAAACUACGUAUUUUAACAAAUAAUCCAAGAGGCGACAGAUCUAGAGAUGAAGUAAUUAAAAAGAGAUAGCUAAUUAAGAAUAUUUGUGCAUUUACAACAAGCGAAAACUCAAAUUAAAUAGUUAUUCACUUUCAUCAAAAUAUAGACGAAAGUGAUUGGUAAAUAGAAUGUUAAUAUAAAACUAUUGUAUUUGAUACUUUAGUGAAAGUAUAUUACUAGAAGAAGAAAGAAAGAAUCACUUGUUUUAUUAUGUAAGAAAAAUCUCUAGACAGGUUUGUAACAACUCGUGAAAUUAAGAAAAACAAUAAAAAUAAUAUGCCUGUUCAUGAAAAAUAAGGAAAAAAAACAAUAUUAUUUCUUCCAGAAGAAGAAAUCAAGUAAGAAAAUGUGCAUUCAUCUGAAAUUUUAUUCAAUUUAGAUAAACUCACUAAACUAGGUCUUAUCAGUGAAUCUGAAAAGUCUAAAGUUUAUUUAGUAAAAUAUGGUGAAAAAUCUACAAACAAAUUUGCUCUAAAAGAAAUAAAGGCUUCUGACUGUAAAAUAUCUGAAAAAAUACAACUGCAAAUAAAAGAUAACAGCUAUAAACUUAAAUUGCCUAAAAACUGUCCUUUUCUAAUUUAAUUAUUAUAUACAAGUGAAGAUAAUGGAAACCUUUUCUUUUUGAUGCCAUAUUUUAAUAAAGGAGAUUUGUAGAUGCAUCUUAGUAAAAAUAAUAAAUUCACUGAAGAUUAAGUAAGAUUCUUUGCUGUAGAAAUAUGUCUAGCUCUUGAAGAAUUCCAUUCUAGAGGAGUAGUAUAUAAAGAUUUAAUUCCAGAAAAUAUUCUUAUCAAUGAUAAAGGGCAUGUAUUUUUAACAGAUUUUGGAAAUGCCCGUUUUAACAUAUUGUAAGACGAUCACUAACCACCUGAUACUAUUAUUACAUGCUAUACUGCCCCUGAGGUUUUAAAAGGAGAAGAUUACUCAAAAUUAAGCGAUUAUUGGUGUUUUGGUGUUCUUUUAUAUGAACUUUUAACAGGCGUUCCUCCUUUUUAUAGUGAAAAUUUAGAAUUAUAAUAUAAAUUAAUUUUAGAAGAUGAAUUAGAAUUCCCAUCUUUUUUGAAUAUAUCUUAUCCUUGCUAGCAACUAAUAAAAUAGCUUCUCCAAAAAGAUCCUAAAAAGAGGCUAGGAAGUGAGGAUGGGUUCCAAGAUUUAAUGAAUCACGAUUGGUUUCAAAACCAAUCUUUCGAAGAUUAUCAAAACUUUAAUGUAGAGCCUCUUUAUGUACCUCAUAUUACAUUUGAAGCUCCUUAUUAGAGAAUGCCUCAUUUCACUCCUAACCUCCAACCAUAGACAACACAAAUUUAAUAAACAUGUUGA